AUGCUCUGCUGGGAGGGUGCGAACGAUUACGAUGAACCAGGGCCGCGAUCGCCGGUCUCCUCGCAGGCAAUGCACGCCGAAACGUUCAUGCACUCGUCCCGAAAGUCCAGCGUCCCAUUGCCUUGGAGUUCAACUACGCAUGCAACGCAUAGCAUGGAACAGAUAUCCGGGCCACCGGCCAAGACUGGUACGUUCUACCAAACAGCCCGCUCGCACCCGUGGCGCCCAACAAUCGGGUAUGAAGCUGUAGAAGUGACGCCGCUGCAUGAGCAGCCCAUUACCAACCAGCUGGUGGCAUCCUCCUACUCACCGUCAGCGAUGUGCACCGAUCCUGUUACAUUCCCGAACCUUGUGACCGGUUUCGAGCGCAACCCGCAGCACGCAGCGCGCUCAGCCCUGUACACGCGCUACACGCCGAACGAGUGGACAACAUCGAACGUGUCGACGUACGCCGAUGCGGACAAGAACCGCAACUACUCGGAGAAGGUCCGGUCGGAGGCAGUCAGGUUGAUGCGUGAGACAGACGAAAAGACUUCUCAGGGCCAACGGGACGCUGCUCGGCGACUCGGUGAGCGCAUCACCGACAUCACUUUCUGGCGGAACGAGCUUACUACCGAGCUCGAAAAGCUUAUCGCUGAAUCGGCCCAGCUCACCGAUACCAAGCGCAAUGUGCAAAAAGCACUGCAAGAUCUGGAGCCACCGUUGCACAUCGCUCAAGAGUGCUUGUAUAACCGCGAGUCGCGCAAAGGCAUCGAGCUGGUGCAUGACCACGUCGAAAAGAGUCUCCUGGUGGAGGUUGACAACUUGCGAUCGUGCCAGGAGAAGUUGACACAGUUGCUGGCGAGAAUCACCCGCCAGCUGGUCGACUGCCGGGCAGCGCAACAUUCACUCGAGGACGACGUCAGUCACAAGGAAUCGGCCCUUGGUAUCGACUCCAUCUGCCACCAGCUCAACAACUACAGCCGAGGUAUCAACUACUACGGAGGCAUUGAGAAAUACGAUCCCACCGUGAGCACUCCGGGCACUUGGUCUGGGUCGAGUAGCACGAGAAUAAACAAUUCGCAUUCCGAACGAGCAAAGUCCUGCCAGCUGCGCAGCGAUGCAGAAUCCCUCAUCAACGCCGUGGCCACUUCGGUGUGGGACUGCUGGAGCAACACAAAUAACGCCUUUAACAACCGUGCCUCCGAGAUGCUGGAAGCGAAGAGCAAAAUGCAACUGCACCUGCACAAAACCCAGCAAGAAAUAUUCGACGUGGAAAAGCACAUUGAACUGCUUCGCAAGGCGAUCAACGACAAAUCAAAUCCGAUGAAGGUGGCUCACACGCGCUUAGAAGCUAGAGCUCACCGUCCUGGCAUUGAGAUGUGUCGUGAUAACGCUCAUUUGCGACUGGUGGAGGAGGUAUGCACAAUUCAGGAUUCAAUUGCAACGCUACAUCGUAAACUGCAGGAAGCGGAAGCACAGCAUCAGCAGCUAUUGCGAACCAAGUCGCAGCUAGAAAGCAACUUGAAGCAGAAGGUGGAUGCGCUGUUCAUCGACCGUGAAAAGUGUAUGGGAUUGCGCCGAUCAUUCCCGGUCAACAAUACUAUUAAAUACUGA